AUGGGUGUAUACAAGGUCCGAGCGCGAUUGUCGCAUCGUUCUUGGUGUAAUGGUGUAUUGGGUUGGGGUCGUACUCAGGCCGGGGUACUCCUCCGAUGUAUGGCAACUCCGAUGUCGCAUUCCGACCUCUUCUCCGUGCCUAACGCGCCCCUCUACGCGCCCAUCUCCGACCUUGUCUGGAUAUGGAGCAUCAAGCACGGCUUCCAGGCCCACUGGGCGCUCGGCGGCCUCAGGUCUUCCGCGAUCUCAACCCCGUCAAGCUCCAUCGGCGGGGGCAGCUUGUAUGCGCGCCAGCGCGUCAUGUCGGAUGCGGCAAGUGUCUCCGACAUCUAA